AGCGCGCUUGGAAUCCAGCAGGCGGUUGCUACCGCGUCUUCCACAACCUCCGCGGUCUGGAGCUGGCCUCCCCCACCGCCGCCCCAACCACCGGCCCCGCCGCCAUCACCACCACCGUCACCUCCGCCGCUGCCUCCUUGGGGCCCUCCUCCUUCACCGCCCUCUUAGCCACCUCUACACAUUCUAGGCUUUCUGUCCUGGAGAAGAAGCUAUAAUCGGUUUCCUUGUGGGUCCGGUGCGCAGCCAUGGCGGAGGGCGGCGGCAGCGGCGGUGCGGGCCCGGCCUCGACCCGGGCCAGCGGGGGCGGCGGCCCCAUCAACCGGGCCUCGUUGCCCCCUGGCGACCCUCAGCUUAUCGCUGUCAUCGUGGGGCAGCUCAAGAGCCGGGGCCUUUUUGACAGCUUCCGCCGGGACUGCAAGGCUGACGUGGACACCAAGCCAGCUUACCAAAACCUGAGCCAGAAAGCGGAUAAUUUUUUGUCGACACAUCUGGAGAAGCAGGAAUGGAAUCCUCCAGCAAACGACAACCAACUGCACGAUGGUCUGAGGCAGAGUGUGGUUCAGUCAGGGAGGUCAGAAGCUGGAGUGGACAGGAUUAGUUCUCAGGUGGUGGAUCCAAAACUAAACCACAUCUUCAGGCCACAAAUAGAACAAGUAAUUCAUGAAUUCCUGGUGGCCCAGAAAGAAGCAGCCGUGCCAGCACUCCCUCCAGAGCCAGAAGGCCAGGACCCUCCAGCUCCGUCUCAGGACACUUCCUAAGAAUAUGCCUGACAGCUUGUGAAAGCGCUAUUUAAUUUUUGGUGAAGAAAUGGAUUCGGUUACAUAAGAGUGCAGUUUCAGAUUGAAGAUAGGCCAAGUUCAUCACUGAGCUCAAGAUUUCCACCUCGACCAUGAGCAGCGACCAGACUGAAAGGGAAGCAAGUUCGCCAGAGAGAAAGUUGACCGUGUCGCCCCCCUGCAUUGCGCUGCCAUUUGGCCAGCCUUUCCAAGGGCAUGACACCAAGCACACACUACAGAGAGGGAAACACUACCGCGACCCAGGAUUGUCCUGAAACAGACAUCUAUACUUGAACUUGGAGACUGCACAUGGAUUUUAGGGUUUGUGCUCUGAGAUAAAUGAAAGCCACAGCGAGAGAACAUAACCAAUCCCAAAGACAAUUUCAAAGAACAAUGACAGUAAAGGUUAACUGGGAGGAAUAUUUGACAGUACUUAUUUGACAUUGUCUCUCAGAGUUGCAAACUAGAUUGUACACAACAUUAGUGUCAGAUAGCUUUAAAGUUGUGACCUUCUUGUACAUGAAUCUUCUAGCCAGUUUCCUUUCCUUUGUAAGAGAUAACAAAGCAUGAAACCCUAGAAUGAGUGAGAAGUUCAGACAUUAGGUAUAAGGAAACUCAUUUGCAGACUCUCUGUCCAAGGCUGCUUCCUGUCUUGCAGGGGCUAGUGAGUCUUGGGUGUGUUUAUGUUAUUCUCACAUUUGUGUUUUAUUUGAAAAGUGGAUGGUCAAUAAAUGGCUUAUCUUUCAACUGCAACAACAAAAAAGAAAUGCAGAUUUACAUCCUUUUCCUCUUUAAGCUCCGUCAGUUUUCUGAUAUUUCUAGAAGGUCAGACACCUGGCAUGGUUUAUGAGGCCCGUGAUAAUGGGGCCCCUGGUCAUCUCUGCUGCCCCAUACACUGUCAUUUCUCAUAUGUCAACCAUGCCCAUGACUAUCCUGGACACCCUGUGUUCCCUCUGCUCACUGUGAAGGGAAUGCCCUCAACCACUCCUACCCUCCUUUAAGACUCAGCGCCUGAGGAGCCACACAUCAUCUAAGCAGGAGUGACAGACUCCUUCCUCUGUGCUCCCAUACAUCUCAUAAGGGAUGACCACCCUUACUAUAGUAGCUAGGUCUAACGAAGCACUUGCUCUAUUGCUCUACAGCUGGCAGGGUACUAAACGCUUAACUUCGCUUACCGUAGUAAGUCCUCAUGAUCUAAUUGAAGAAAUCCUAUCUUUAUUCCCAUUUAUAAAUGUAGAAACCAAAGCUCAGACACUGCCUAAGUGGUGGGGCUGGGGCUGAGCCUGUAUUGAGCACAGAGCCCUCACUUUUAACCCUUUUAACCAUGCUUUUAGCCACACCACCUCACCACAGUGAACUGUCUUUGCUUACAGAUCUGUCAUCUCCACUUAAAUGUGAGCUUCCUCCAGGGUAGGGAUUUGCUUUGUUCAUUUCUUUUCCUUAACCCCAGGACCUAGCACAUCACAGGAGCUCAGCAAUUUGUAGAAAGAAACCAGUUCUGGAUUUGUCUUUUCCAACAUUUAAUUUCUCAGAUAGCAGUAUUUAUCAUCUAAAAAGUGAACAAAAAUUAAUUUUGCAUCUAGUGUCUACAUGUCUAAGCAAGAAAGAGCUUUCUUGUCCCUGGAGGUAUUUUAUCUGUAAUGUUUACCUAUGAGCUAUUUUAAAUGAUUCUUCAAAAUUUAGAGUCCAGAAGGUAGAAGACCAUGUCCUUUCUGAAAAUGUCCCUUCCUUUCCCAGGUACCAGGCUCUUUUUAAAAUUAGCUUCUGAAUAUGAACAACCCAGCUCUUUAAAGUUUAAUGUCCCAGCCAUUUUAAUUGUUUCUUUCAAAGUACAAAAGAGCAGCUGGGCCACAUCGGCACUAAUCACUUGCCAACUUUCCUUUUUACAAAAACAGCUAAGCUCUUUCUGAGAUUUAAAAUCACUCCAUCUGAGACCCCAGCUUGGCACCUAUCUUUGCACUAACAUAAAAGGAACCUAAUUUCUGCUUUUAAGAAAUGUGUUGCGGAAGUGAUUUUUGGUUUGGGGUUUGUUCUCCUUCUUUUUAAAAAUAACGUAAUAAAGUGUAAUACAACUUUUAAAGUUUUUUUUUCCUUUACCAGUUCUCUAUUCUCCUUUUCUACUUGAAUUGUCCUGAGACAGGUUGCCAGAUAAAAUACAGGAUGCUCAGCAAAUGUGAAUUUCAGAGAAACAACAGAUACUCUCCUAGGGCAUGGACCAUGCAAUGUUUGAAACAUACUUGUAUUAAAAAGUUAUUUGUUGUUUAUUUGAAAUUCGAAUUUACUGGUGCCCCAUGCUUUAGUUUGCCAAAUCUGUCAACCAUAGCCUGAAUGCUUCCCGUUCCCACCACGAGUUUGGCAAAUGGAAAAUGCUAACCUAUGCGAUGGACACUGUUGUAUUCUGAAAAUGAAUAUGUAAAUAAAUCAAACCACCAUGA